AUGGCAGCUAACUUACUUGUAGCGUGCAUAAUUAUCAAUCUAGUAUCAUUGUUGAUAUGUGUUUUGCCAACAUAUUCAUUGUUCAUAGAUUUGAAAAGUGAUGAGUUACCAUCCUGCGUUGAAGUUUAUGGAGGAACAUUUUCUGAUGGAGGCGUCUAUAGGCUGAUACUUUCUAGAACUCCCCCAAUCAUUGGGGUGACUUAUGGAAAUCGAUGGUUGCGUCCUGUGUCAAGCGGUUCUGCUGUCACAAGGGAUAUGUUCAUUCAGGAAUAUCGUCGAGGUGACACGAAGAUAAUAGGUGUUAGCCAUUUUACGGGGAAGAACUAUGACUACUUGUAUACGGCAUAUUAUAAAUACAGGCCUGAUAUUUUAGAACUUAUAACCCGCGAAGCGAAAUCUAAAUUCCUGAAUGGUCCUUUAUUUUUGCCAGUUGAUAUAACAUCUGAAAGACUUCAUCCAUUCAUAUUGAAGACAACGUUAUACGAGCCGGUUGUUUCUAUUACCUGGGCUCCUUUGCCACGUUCCCCCAACUAUAAUCCGCGGGACAUAUUCGCGCGUGUAAGACGUCGUAAUGAAGUGAUUCAACUGUCGCCUAUUUUUAACAUCGACCCGCAAAUCAGUGAUAGUUCAUCUAACGCAUAUCUUAACGCGCACUGUGAACAACUGCUCAUUGUUCCCGGAAUACAUAGCAUAACGAUAGUGGUCCGCAAAGAAAUUGGUACUGCUAAACACAGUAUACGCAUACCACCUAUAGUGAACGAUGUAUUCCGUCCAAGCAAUAUAGUGGUUGGUGAAUAUCGAUUCUGUGAAACUAGGAAUUAUUUUUACCAGUCACUGUUCAGCAUUGUAACUAUUGACGUUGCCAGGCCAGACGCCAGUGUGAAGGGUGUUGUUAUCCUUGCGAAUCUUAAACGUGGAGUUUGGUUGUAUACUCAGCAUUCUGUUUUACCAGUGCAAGAUCAGAUCUAUACUCAUGUUCGGGUGAUUAAUUCGCAUGCUAAUUUGGAGUUAUUCCAGGUUGAUGAUGAUGCUUUUGUUACGCAUGUCGAGGUGUUCGAUAACCUUCGUAGUGGUGUGCAAUAUGUUGUGAUUAAUUAUGAGAAGCUGCAUGAAUAUGACAGUCUGAAAUUGCACAAAAUCUACGUGCGUCAAAUCGCGGAACAGGGUAUCACCUAUGUGGACCCCCGAAGUAUAUAUCCCCUGCCUUAUAUGGAAAUGCUGCAUAACAUCAACGUUGAAGAGACAAUCACACCAGACAAUGGUUCGAGUGACUCUCUGCUGGAUUUGCCUUUACCAUUAUCAACCCUCGAAGAGAUGGUAGAUGAUGUCGGUUAUAAUUGA